UCCACAAGUAUAUUCUGUAAUAUUAUUAAUAGUUAUUAUUGCUUUAUUUUCAGAAUUGAUAUAUGCCUGGAUUUUCAAUGAAUAUCCAACUUUUGUGCACCAGGAUAAUCGCCGCUUUGUUUCGCAAGAGACUGGGAAUUUAUACAUAGCUAAAGUAGAGAAAUCGGAUGUGGGAAAUUAUACGUGUGUCGUGACAAACACAGUAACAAAUAGCAGAGUGCGAGGGCCUCCUACGCCUUUAAUCCUGAGAAAUGAUGGAGUGAUGGGUGAAUAUGAGCCAAAAAUCGAAGUGCAAUUCCCAGAAAUGGUUCCAUCUGCCAAAGGAACAACUGUGAGGCUGGAGUGUUUUGCACUGGGAAACCCAGUUCCUGCAAUCAGCUGGAGAAGAACAGACGGAAAGCAAAUCCCCAAAAAAGCUCGGAGACACAAAUCAAGCAGCAUUCUCGAAAUCCCCAACUUUCAGCAGGAAGAUGCUGGCAUGUACGAAUGCGUAGCUGAAAAUGUGAGAGGAAAGAACGUGGCCAGAGGCCAACUAACAUUUUAUGCUCCUCCCAACUGGAAUCAGAAAAUAAGUGAUAUUCAGGUGGCUAUAGAAGAAAGUAUCUACUGGGAAUGUAAGGCAAAUGGCAGACCAAAGCCUUCUUAUAGCUGGCUGAAGGAUGGUGAACUUCUUCUACCUCAGGAAAGACUUCAAAUAGAACAUGGAACACUUACCAUUCCCAGCGUGAAUCUCUCCGACACUGGCAUGUAUCAGUGUGUGGCAGAAAAUAGAUACGGAGUCAUCUAUGUCAGCGCAGAACUGAGCGUAAUUGCUGUGGGUCCAGAUUUCUCCAAAACCUUCUUAAAAAAAAUAACUUUUGUUAAAGUUGGUAGUGAUGCAACCAUUGAAUGCAAGCCUAAAGCUUCUCCAAGGCCAACUUUUACUUGGAAGAAAGGAAAAGAGAUCAUAAAGGAAAGUGAGAGACAUACUAUUUUGGAAGAUGGAACUCUAAAAAUUGCCAAUGUUACCAAAGCAGAUGCUGGGAGUUAUACAUGUAUAGCAACAAAUCAUUUUGGCAUAGCCAGCAGCACUGGGAACCUGAUAGUAAAAGAUCCAACACGAUUUGUGGUGGCACCUACCAGCAUGGAUGUCACUGCUGGUGAAAGUAUUCUUCUGCCUUGCCAAGUAUCUCAUGAUCAUCCACUAGACAUUGUCUUUACAUGGUCAUUUAAUGGACGUCUGAUAGACUUUGAAAGAGAUGGAGAUCACUUUGAAAGAGUUGGAGGGCAGGAUUCAGCUGGUGAUUUGAUGAUCAGAAGCAUCCAGCUGAAUCAUGCUGGAAAAUACGUCUGCAUGGUGCAAACAAGCGUGGACAAACUAUCAGCUGCUGCAGACCUGAUUGUAAGAGAGAUUUCCCAUCUAUUUCCUGAGGAAUGGAAGACCUCCAGAAUGUGGGAUAUGGGGAAAAGGAAUGUUAAAAAACAAAAACAAGGUCCCCCAGGUCCUCCUGAAGCUGUGACAAUUGAUGAGAUAACAGACACUACAGCUCAGGUUUCUUGGAGACCAGGAGCAGAUAACCGCAGUCCCAUUACAACAUACGUUAUUCAAGCAAGGACCCCAUUUUCAGUUGGAUGGCAAGGAGUAAAUACAGUGCCUGAUGUCAUUGACGGAAAUACAUUUACAGCAACGGUGGUGGGCUUAAACCCAUGGGUUGAAUAUGAAUUCCGAAUAGUAGCUGCCAGCCUUAUUGGAAUUGGGGAACCAAGCAAACCAUCAGAGAAACGAAGAACUGAAGAGGCCCUUCCUGAAGUCACUCCAGCCAAUGUCAGUGGAGGUGGUGGCACUAAAUCUGAAUUGGUUAUAACAUGGGAGACAGUGCCAGAAGAGUUACAGAAUGGAGGAGGCUUUGGCUAUGUUGUUGCCUUCAGACCAGUUGGUACCAUAAGCUGGAUGCAGACUGUAGUGGUUUCACCAGAUGCCUCCAAAUAUGUGUUUCGGAAUGAGAGUUUACCUCCAUUUUCACCAUACGAAGUUAAAGUUGGAGUGUACAACAACAAAGGAGAAGGUCCUUUCAGCUCUAUCACCGUUGUUUAUUCAGCCGAUGAAGAACCCACCAGAGCUCCCACCAAUGUAUUUGCCAAAAGCCUUUCCGCUUCCGAUAUUCAAGUCUUUUGGUCUUUGCUGCCAGAGACCCAGAGUAAAGGAAGAAUACAGGGCUAUGAGGUUAGAUAUUGGAAACAUGGAGAUAAAGAAGAGCAGGCUGGAAGAAUGAAAACUAUGACCAAUCAGACUUUUGCAAAAAUCACCAACUUGAAGAGCAGUGCUUUAUACCAUUUGGCUGUCAAAGCUUACAACACAGCAGGGAUGGGACCAUCCAGCGCUGUGGUCAAUGUGACAACCAAAAAGCCACCUCCAAGUCAGCCUCCUGGAAACAUUAUAUGGAAUUCAUCAGACUCUAAGAUUAUACUGAACUGGGAUCAAGUUAAAGCACAGAAUAAUGAAUCUGAAGUGAAAGGAUACAAAGUGUUCUAUAGAUGGAAUAGACAAAACAGUAUGUCUAUUAUAGAGACAAACAAAACAUCUGUGGAGCUUUCAUUGCCCUUUGAUGAAGAUUAUAUCAUAGAAAUAAAGCCAAUCAGUGAUGGAGGGGAUGGCAACAGCAGUGAACAGAUUCGAAUUCCAAAGAUAACAAAUGCGUAUGCGAGGGGGUCAGGAGCUUCAACUUCAAAUGCUUGUACGUUGUCAGCCAUCAGCACAAUAAUGAUUUCCCUCACAGCGAGAUCAAGUUUAUGACAAAAAAUACUGAAAGGACUUCCUGUUUAUAAUAUAACUAAGCAACAUUUAGCUAGUUGUUUUGAAGCCACCCAGUACUAAGUAAUAUUGUUGUUCAAGUACAUCUUACUACUGGAAAGAAAUGUUUUAUGCUUCUCUAGGAAUGGCAUUAUACAGUACUUCCUCAAAGCAAAUAUAUCUUUGUCUGAAGUUUCCUUGGAAACUCUGCAAUGCACUGAAAACAUCUGUAAUACGAUGUUACCAAAGCAGUUUACAUAUGUCCUUAUAUGCAUAUUUUUAUUAUAUAUUUAGUGUUUUAUAGACUUUUUUAAAGUUAAUAUAUGAUGUAGAUACUGAUUUCUUUCCCCCCCUCUGCUAUGAAAUGCUAUUGAUGACAUUAUCAUUGCAUAAAUAUAUAGUUUGGAAUGUUUCAGGCCAGAUGGCCAUAAUUGUCAGUAACUGAUUUCAAAUUGAUUGUAUAGGUUGACAAGAAUGCACAAUGAAUUUUUAGCUUCAGUCCAUUUUUCCAGGGGUGUGUGUGUAUAUGUGUGUGUCUAUUUGGACAUGGAAAAUAUUCCCACAGGUAUUUGAUGAAGCCUGCCUUCUCCUUCAGGCCUAAAUUUGCUGCACUAUGCGCAAUGCUUCAAAAAAACAGAAUCACUUAUAACUCAAAGCUUCCAUUGUGGUUCACUCUAAUUCCCUCUGAAGAAGAAAGAUAACUAGAUGCUAGAUAACCACAACGAAGCCUAAAUUUUAUGCUCCUUGCCAACCAGGAUAGGUAUCUAGAGGAUGGGGCAGGGUAAAGAGGCAGACAGAGAAAAGAGAAAAGAUUAGUAUAGUAAUAUUUCAGGAUCUCUUUCAUAUAUGCAGAAUGGGAUGAAUCCUGCCACUAUGGACGUACAAGACUGCCUUUUUUAAUCAGAUAAAUAAACUACAAGUAAAACAUGCUAUGCGUUUAGGUUUUGUGAAAGUUCAUAGCAUUCUUUUCUUUACGGAUAAUGUUUUGGUAACACAUAACACGGAUUUUUACCUGAAUGUACUGAUUUCUAUAAAAUUGAACAAACGUUAAAUUAUCAUCCAUUCCUCUUAGUGUCAUCACUCUUAAUGUAAUGAAUGCCAGACAUUGCUACUGUAUAGUGAAAGACAAGUUUCUGAGUGUGGUGAAAAUCUGAACGUUAUCAUUUCAACAAUUUAUGUUAAUCUUUUAUUUAAAUAAAUGAAUGACAUUCUGCAUUUUCACCAUUUUAAUCAUGAAAUCUUGAAGACUUUAAAUGCUGCUUUCUUUACUAAAUAAAUUUAUUUUGACAGGUACAUGUAACCUACAGUUCUUUAUAGAUUGAUUUCAUAAAUUACCUGUGUUCUAUAUUGAUAGGAUCUUGCUUGGCUAGGGGUCAUUUUAAAAGUCUGAUAAAUAAUAUUCUACAGAAUUUUUCUCUAAAAUUACUUUUCUUUUUAAAAGCAAUUUGUAUGUCUAGAUAUCUCAUUGAAUUUCAAAUUGUUUAAUUCUGGGUGUUCUGAAUAUCAAGGUUUAACUUUCAGGGUCUGUCACAUUUACACUUCUAUCAUGCUGAUAAAUCCCCAAUUAAAAUCUGACAAAUGAAUUUAAAUCUUCAUAAUGCUUUUUUCAUGCUAUUGCCAUUCAUUGCAGGAAAACCAGUACUGGAGCAGAGUUUGUUAAUACUAAUCCAGUGGCUUGUAAAUGCAUGUAGUUGCUGUAUUGCACCUACAAUCUGCUUGUGCAGAAUUGUCUGCAUGCACAAGAACACUGGAUAAUUGUCAAAAAUUGCAAAAAAAAAUAUAUUAAUAGAAAAAGAUUUUUGUUACUAUGGGAAAUAUUUUGUAAUUAUGCUCAGAUGAAACAAUAAUAAUUAAAAUUAAAAUGACUUUUUAAAUUAUUUCCCCAACUUUAAAAAUAUACUACUGAAGUUUAUAAUUUGUCCUUGAUAGUUUAAAUUUUCCUCUAACUUGUCUCUUUUGCUUCCAAAACAUACAAAGUAACUUUUAAAACAUUCAAAAUAUAUUUAUUAAGUAACUCAUAAUCAGGUUUCCACUUGUGUAAGUUAGGGAUGUUAAUCAGAGAAAUAUUGUCAGUAUUUCAAGCUGUGUUCCUUUCUUUGUUUGAUAUGGUUACUUCUAUGUAAAAACAAAAACAAAACAAAAAAACCCACAAAAGAAUGAAAAAAGAAAAAAAGCCUAUGUAGUUUUUCUCCCCAGUGUAAAUGAUAUUUAUCAGUGAUCUAGCAGAUGUAAUCUUUUUUAAAGUUAUUGGUAAUAAAUAUCCUGUUAUUUGUAAA